CGAUACUCUUAUCCUCGUCUUUCAUUUAGUCAAGAAAACUGUCAAGAAGUCAAGAAGACGCCACCACCGAUUACCCGACAAACUGGCCAAGAAAGUGCGAGGCGCAUCCCGCUACGCUCGUCCUUUAAGUGAGGUGAAACACUUGUAAAUAGCGGUUGGUCGGUGAACGACGUUUAGGGCGGAUCGUUCUGCGAGUUAGCGUGAUGUGUGUUACAGGUAGGGGAUGUAUACAGCAUCGUACUCAAUGAAAGGACAGUCUCACUCAGCGAUUGCGAGAGCUCUGGAGAAUGGCUUACUUCUCUGUAUCAUUUGUAACACACAGGUGAAGAGUAAGCUAUGGAUAGCUCAUUCAAAUGGUCGGAAACAUCGAGAAAACGUUGCCAAUUUCAAGAAAGCAGCAAUAGCCAAUGCGACUUCAUCAAAACGAAACUCCGAAGAAUCGACCACAUCUCUGUCGAUGGCACCCUUGAAAAAACUGAAAGUAGACGUAAAUGAGUCGAAUUUAAAAAAUAUUAACGAAAGCACUCCUUGGGAGAAAUAUUCGAUGACAAAAAUGAUAGAAAACAAUACAACAUAUGGUCAAAAAACAAAUGUUAUCAAAGGAGUGCCUGAAGGUUUUUUCGAAGACGAAAAACUGAACAGCAGAGUUAUUGACACCAUAGAGAAACAAGCAAGCAUAGAACAACAAUACAUCGAUUUCAUGAGAGAGUUGGAUGAAGCAAAGCAGGAGGAAGAGCACCGCGAAGAAAAUGAAGAACACGUGGUAGCUAUCGAGCAUGAUAUUGAACUUAUUGAUGAGCAGAUUGAGCAAUGGAAACGAGUAAAUCGGUUAGAAGUGCGGCGAGACAAACUGUACAACACAGUAGCUGUGAAAAAUGAAAGAAAUACCGAACCGGCAUUGGUGGGACAAAUAAGCGAUGAUGACUCUGAUGUUGAUCUUACUGGAUGGAGGAAUAAAGGCAUCUGAUUUUUCAUAUUUAAUGCAGCUGACUAGGAUACUUUUCCACACUUUCUUUAUACUGCUACUUUGAUCAAAUCACUGAGGGCCUAUAUCAGUGCUCGUUAGAUAGGAAAAUCGCAUCAGAACCAUUUCUACGUGAGAUGGUUAUCAGUAGCUCCAGUGUUUUUUGAUAACGGAAUAAAAUUCUG